AUGUUGAAAGUUCCUCACCGUGGGAAAGGCGUCGCUGCUGCUGGCGCUCCGACAAAGGCUGUCAUCCUCGUCGGUGGCCCUUCACGCGGUACACGGUUCAGGCCGCUAAGCCUUGAUGUCCCAAAGGCAAGAUAUCCCACCAGCUUGCCGCUGUUCGAUGUUGCUGGCCAUCCCAUCAUCUGGCACUGUCUGAAAGCUAUUGCCAAGGUCGAAGGUAUCAAAGAAGUCAUCCUUAUCGGCUACUACGACGAGUCCGUCUUCAGAGACUUCAUCAAAGACUCAUCGCGAGAGUUCAGCCAGUUCAAGGUCACCUAUCUUCGCGAGUAUCAGUCACUCGGAACAGCCGGUGGUCUCUACCACUUCCGAGAUGCCAUCCUCAAAGGCAAGCCAGAGCGCUUCUUCGUGCUCAACUCGGACGUGUGCUGCUCGUUCCCACUCGAGCAAAUGCUUGAGCUCUUCGAAGAGAAGGACGCCGAAGCAGUUAUUCUUGGCACCAGAGUCAGCAACGAGGCCGCCACCAACUUUGGUUGCAUCGUCUCUGACGCCCACACCAAGCGAGUUCUGCACUACGUAGAGAAGCCCGAGUCCCAGAUCUCCAACCUGAUCAACUGCGGCGUCUACCUCUUCGCCACCGAGACCAUCUUCCCCUCCAUUCGCACCGCCAUCAAGCGCAAGACCGAGCGACCUCGCAUGAUCUCUUACCCAUCCUCCGAGAAUCUCGAGAGCUCCUUCGUUGCUGACGAUGAAGACGGCGAGAAGAACGAAGUACUUCGCCUCGAGCAGGACAUCCUCUCGGACCUCGCCGACAGCAACCGCUUCUUCGUCCACGAAACAAAAGACUUCUGGCGACAGAUCAAGACCGCCGGCUCCGCUGUCCCAGCCAAUGCGCUGUACCUCCAGAAGGCAUUCCAACAGCAGUCGCCCGAGAUCGCUAAACCCUCCGCAACCAUCGUGCCGCCCGUGUUCAUCCACCCGACCGCCGAAGUCGACCCGACCGCUAAACUCGGUCCCAACGUUUCCAUCGGUCCCAAGGUUAUAGUUGGCCCCGGUGUCCGCAUCAAGGAGUCUAUCGUUCUCGACGACGCUGAGAUCAAGCACGAUGCCUGCGUCCUGCAUUCCAUCAUCGGCUGGAACAGUCGUGUUGGUGCUUGGGCGCGCGUGGAGGGUACGCCGACACCGGCCAGCUCGCAUAACACGAGCAUUAUCAAGAAUGGCGUCAAGGUGCAAGCGAUCACGAUCUUGGGCAAGGAAUGUGGUGUUGGAGAUGAAAUUCGAGUGCAGAACUGUGUCUGUCUGCCAUUCAAGGAGCUAAAGAGGGAUGUGGCGAAUGAAGUCAUUAUGUGA